GGGAGCGGGCGGUGAGCGAGGCCGGGAGCGGGACCGGGACCGAGAUCGGGAUCAGGACGGGGACCGGGACCGGAAUCAGGAUCAGGUGAUUCUGAGGGAGUGCUGGCAGUUCCCUUGGCCUUUUGCCCCUCUCGUUCCCGAAGCAAUGCCCAAGGUGAAGAGGAGCAGGAAGCCUCCCCCGGAUGGCUGGGAGCUGAUUGAGCCCACGCUGGACGAGCUGGAUCAGAAGAUGAGAGAAGCGGAGACGGAGCCACAUGAGGGGAAGAGGAAAGUGGAGUCGCUCUGGCCCAUCUUCAGGAUCCACCACCAGAAAACACGAUACAUCUUUGAUCUCUUCUACAAGAGGAAAGCAAUCAGCAGAGAGCUCUACGAGUACUGCAUCAAGGAGGGCUACGCUGACAAAAACCUGAUUGCCAAGUGGAAGAAGCAGGGCUAUGAGAACCUCUGCUGCCUGCGCUGCAUCCAGACUCGGGACACCAACUUUGGCACCAACUGCAUCUGCAGGGUCCCCAAAAGCAAGCUGGAAGUGGGCAGAAUCAUUGAGUGCACUCACUGUGGAUGCAGAGGUUGCUCUGGGUGAAGCCUUUUGCCAUCAAACUUGUUUUUUGAACUCUGAGGGAUAGCCUCCUCUUCCUCCUCAAUGGACUAUGAGUGCAAUUACAGCCACUUUUGUUGAUGGGACAUUUCUGUAUAAUAAUUAAAGCAGCACCAUGAUCACCCAGAUCGUGCAUAAGUGGGGGGGCUUUGGAGUAGGGUUUUGUGUAGCAUUUAUUUUAAAAUAA